CUACAAGUCCUUUGAACAUCCGGCCAUAUUCAACAUCAGUCCUCUUCUCAAACAACGUGGAAGUGGACGUGAACGUGUCUAUUUGCACAUCUACCACAAAUAAUGGACCAGUCCAUGACCAUGAUCGAUGCCCAGGUACAAUUCCUGGAGGAGCAUCUAGUCCUGGUCCAUAUCCCUCUGGAGCUGUAUCCCUAUUUCUUCAAAGCAGUCCUGAGACUUAUCUUUGAUGAGAUCGCUCCCUUGGAAGAUACCAAUAAAGAUGAGGAGGACGAGCUCGACGAUUUCGAGUCUAUCUCUGACCCCAGUGCCGCGGAGUACCGAGCGCCUGCAUUCCUGAACGUCUCUAUCACUCCCGUGGAAGUCUCGGUGAUUUGCCCGCGACGACUGGUUGAAAAGUACUUUGAUCCUUUCAUCAAUCAACUCAACCAGGUUGAUGCUUCGCUGCGGUCCCGCGUGGAUGUCAGUGACAAUGACUACAUCGCCAUGCAAGUUCUAGGCCAGGGUCUAGAAGCUGGCAAGCGAGUCCUAGAACUGACCAGUCCGUUGGCCAUGGCAGGAAUUUCAAUCUUCUUCAUUACAACCUACUUUUCAGACUACAUCCUCGUCCCCCUCCGCAGCAAAUCAAGCGUAAUCUCCACCCUCGAAAGCCGAGGCUUCCAAUUUGAAAAUGCAAACACAGCAUUCGUCAACCCGCUCAGUCCACCAGGAGAAAGAAAACUCAGCGACACAUCAGUACCCCCAGUCACACCACCACCAUCAACAGUUGCAGAACUACAAACACGCACAUUCGCCAACCUCCGCAAACGCCAGAUCAUUCCCGUCGUAGACGAUACUCUCCGUCUCGUCCAGUGCGCAGCGCACCACCAGUACCAUCGACAGGAAAGUUCCAUGUCUAUUUUGCGGGACGCACUAGCGACGGUACUUCUUGUCGAUGAACCGCGCUUUUUGUCAUUGACCCUUGCAGCGCUGGAUCCAGCUGCAUCCUUGCUGCUGGAGAAGCGGUUGCUUCCGCGCUUCUCACGACAUUCAAAUGAUGAAGAUGGUUCGGGUCUACUUCUCGGUGCACAGGGUGACUAUCUCGUGCCCAUCAUGCUAGAUCUACGUGAUCUACCACUCGAAGCAUCGGGUAUCGUCUGUGGCGUGGCGGGCCGACUCGCCGAAGCCACGCAUAGCUCCCCCUCCUCCUCACGAACGGUUCCAAUCGACGACACGAACACGCUCCCUGUCGGCAGCCACGGUAGUGGUAGAAGUGUCAUCGGCUCCGUUCCCAAACUCUUCGAUACAUUCGGGACCCGGUUGUCACUCAGUGAUAAAAAGUCGUCGAGUCAGCACCAGCUAGCCCCGUCAACACAUCACCUCAAACCUGACCUGGAUCCGUCGGCGGAUGCAGUCGAGAUUAGUUUCUUGAGUACCGCGCGCGCGGGAACUAUUAUCGUGGGUGAGGAUGAACUACAGAGGGCGAUUGAGGCUCUUGAUGCGGAGAAGGUGCAGCAGGAUUCGGAUUCGCCUGCGGAGGAGGUGGGGUCUGAAAGUACUGAAGUUGGACUUGGUCUGGAGGAAACCGUCGAGGUUUCUGAACAGAUUUGAGGUUGAGAGUGUGUCCUUUCUCCUGCGAAUUCCCCUCCCUAUCCUGGCAUUCUGUGGUUUGAAUGAAAAAGAGAGGAAAGCUGGACCAAAAAAAAGCGAUUUGACAUUUCUGGGCAUUGCCUGUACGAGUACAUGAUUCUAAUGUCUGUUUACUCUGAGCCCCGGCGUUGAUUCUUAAAGGCAAUUUUGUUGCUAUGCUGAUUUUUAUGACGGUUACGUGAUAAUACGACAGAUCUCCGGCAAGGAACUCGUAAUUGGAA